UCCCCUGGUGAAACCGAAUCCUCCAGCUGUGGUGUCCCAGGCGCCGCCUCCCUCUGCGCCCCUGCCCUACCCUGAGCAGCCUGCCGCCCCGUCUGCAGUCCCAAACUAUUCUGCAGGUCACCAGCGCUGAAGAUGAAGGUCUGGCUGCUGCUUGGACUUCUGUUGGUACUCGAAGCUCUGGAAGAUGUUGCUGGUCAACACCCUUCUAAGAACAAGCGUCCAAAGGAGCAAGGAGAAAACAGAAUCAAACCUACCAACAAAAAGGCCAAGCCCAAGACUCCUAAAAUAAAGGACAGGGACUCCGCUGACCCGACGGCAAAGAGCCAGUCCGUCAUGAUGCAAGCCGUGGACGGCAGUCGCUUCCAGAAGCCUGCCGCCACCAUGAGUCUGAUGGCAGGGCAAACUCUAGAGCUCCGGUGUAAAGGAAGCAGAGUGGAGUGGAGCUAUCCCACCUACCUGGACACCUUCAAGGACCCCCGCCUCAGUGUGAAGCAGAAUGAACGCUAUGGGCAACUGACUCUGGUCAACUCUACCUCGGCCGACACCGGUGAAUUCAGCUGCUGGGAGCGACUGUGCAAUGGCUACAUUUGCAGAAGAGAUGAGGCCAGAGCGGGUUCCACCUAUAUCUUCUUCACAGAGAAAGGAGAGCUGUUUGUGCCGUCUCCCAGUUACUUUGACAUUGUCUACCUAAAUCCGGACAGGCAGGCUGUGGUUCCUUGUCGAGUGACAGUGCCGUCAGCCAAAGUCACACUCCACAGGGAGUUUCCAGCCAAAGAAAUCCCUGCCAAUGGAACAGACAUUAUUUAUGACAUGAAGAGGGGCUUUGUGUACCUUCAGCCUCACUCCGAUCACCAGGGUGUGGUUUACUGCAAAGCCGAAGCUGGGGGAAAGUCUCAGAUCUCCGUCAAGUAUCAGCUCCUCUAUGUAGAAGUUCCCAGUGGCCCUCCGUCAACAACCAUCUUGGCCUCCUCCAACAAAGUGAAAGGCGGAGAUGACAUCAGUGUGCUCUGCACUGUCCUAGGGGAGCCCGAUGUUGAGGUAGAAUUCAGGUGGAUCUUUCCUGGGCAGAAGGAUGAGAGGCCUGUGACCAUUCAAGACACCUGGAGACUGAUCCACAGAGGACGGGGACAUACCACAAGAAUCUCCCAGAGCGUCAUUACCGUUGAAGACUUUGAGACUAUUGAUGCAGGCUAUUACAUUUGCACAGCUCAGAAUCUCCGGGGAGAGACAACAGUGGCUACCAUUGUUGAGUUUUCCUGACUUGGAAGGUGAACUGAUGGGAUGCCCAUCUAUACCUACAGCUUUGAGGUGAUCUUAUCUCUUUUUUUAGUGCUUUGUGGGAGGCCAAUGCCAAGUGGGUCAGACAGACAUCCAAAUUAAAAGAAGUGUUACCUUUUCUGUUCUAACAAAAAGUGAGUAUUUUGAUUACUUACAGCCAUGUUUCUAGUUUUUACACCAAGAAAACAUGUAAUUAAUAUAAUAGCUUUGUAUUAAUCAUUUCUAUUAAA